AGCUAUGAAGAAGGACAUCCCUCACACUCUGAAACAGAUCUCCUUCAGAGACAGAAUUUUGCAGCCUCUCAUCAGCUUCCUGGAUAUGCUACUACACCUCAGCCAACCGGUAUGCAUUCCUCAGCAGCAACUGAGCUGUUCGUUACUGGACCUUUGCCAACCACUGGAACACUUCCCCCCUCUGCCCUCUCUGCUUAUCAGCAUCCCACCACCUUCAGCAAUAGAAACUUUGCUACCACCUCACCUUUGGUGCUUCAGGAUUCAACUUUUAACACUACAUCAAAUGGAAUUUUAAAUCCUCAUGACCCUUUGCUGCAAAUCAAGACUUCCCAGGGAACUGUUCCAACCGCUUUGGCAUUUGAGCGCCUGGGCAGUUCUGCGAUAAGUAACUGCAUACCACCUCAGUCUUCAACGUACCGCUCAGCUCAAGAGUCCGCACCCCAUCUUUUACAACCUCAGUUUAGUUUGUUGCCUUCAGCACUUGGGGGAGCCCAGCAAACUCCUCAAGCCUACGGUUCAACUCUCUUUACUAAUUCUACUGCUUCCAUUGAAAGAGCUCUUCUUCGAGAAUGUAGUGUUAUUAAACACCAUCAGCGGCCUUCAGGUACCCAGUCUAUUCAGGCACAACUGACUGGUUCACAGCAUUCCUUACACAGUUAUCUAUCAAAUGCAAGUGUGGUCAAUUUUCAGGAAACCAGCAGGCAGUCAUCUUUAUCCUGUAGCCCAGUUGAAGAUUCUACUCAGGUGAGCAAUGGAGGAUUGCAACAGAAGGCCUCCCAGGUCUCAGUGGAACUUGCUCAGUCCUAUUCUUCGGCGAUUCCAUCAUCAGGGUAUCCUCCUUCUACUACAAAAGUAAAAAGCUGUUCUACGAAACAACCACUAACAUCAACCAAGACCCCCAAACCUCAAAGUAUAAUUCCUCCUGUGCAAACACUAAGCUAUUCCAAGCCUUUACAUAACCAGAGCUCUGUAAUAUCAGGCCAAGCACAAAUUUAUUCUACAGCGCAGCUACCGAGCCUUUUAUCAGUUAGUCAGUCGCAAAAUUAUGGUUUAGCGCAGCCACAUACCGUGCCAUCUAUUGUUCAUUCACAGGUUUAUAGGUCCAGCAAAGUUGAGAAGUUGCCACCCUUGUAUAAAACAUUGACUUUUUCUGGGUCAUCUCAGACUAUAACUUCUGAAAAUCCGACACUUAGUUAUUCUAAUCAGCAAGAGGUAUUAUCUUCAGUUACAAAUGAGAAUUACCCUGCUCAAACAAGAGAUCUGUCUUCAGUUAGCCAGGCUCAGAGUUAUUCAUCUGGUCACUCUCAGGGUUUAUCACCAGUUAGCCAGUCACAGGUUAGUUACUCAUCUCAGUCGCAAGUUUUAUCAGUUGUGAGUCCUUCAGAAAGCUAUGCUUCGGGGCAGUCCCUAACAUUAACAGCACCUUCUCUUUCAUAUUCUUCUGCCUCUCAGGCUCAAAAUAUGCCAGAUUCUAGCCCAACUCAGAAUUAUAUUUCUUUGCAUUCUUCCCAAAAUACUCAGACUCAAGGGUCAUCAUCUCCCCAGUCCCAAAAGUUUUUGCCUGCUGUCCAGUCAUCACCUUUUGCAACCUCUAUUCAUUGUCAGACAUUACAAAAUAACAUACCUUCCCCUGAUCCAAAAUCUUAUGCUGAAAGAAAACUGGACUCAAAUGUGUAUGCAUCUUCAAAGCAAGAGGGAGAUUUUCCAAUGCAAGAGUUACAGGUAUUACAACCACAAGUCUCUCUUGAGUCAUCAACCCAAAGGCUCUCUGAUGGGGAAAUUAAUGUGCAAGAGUCAGCUUAUAAGGUGUCAAAGGCAGAUGACAGAUAUUCUCAGAGCAUAAUCAGAAGUAACUCCCAUCUUGAAGACCAGGUUGUUGGGAUUGCUCUACAAGGAUCAAAAAAAGAAGAAAGCCUAGUUGGUUCAGUGACACAAGUUAACCAACAAAUCGGCCAAGUCAGUAAUGCAGCAACCCUUGAUAUUAAGAAGACAACUAAUUUAAUGCAAACUCCACAAAUAAGGUUGAAUACUAAAGACCUAAACCAGCAGCAUUCUCUUAUCCAGAAGGUGCAUGAAGCCAAGGCCCAGGAGCAGCAUGAUCAAAUAAUUAAUACAUCAUCUCAGAUUCAAAUUCCAAAUCAUGCCUUAGGGCAUGGCCAUCAAGCAUCUCUUCCUAAUACACAGGUCCUUUUAGACUCUGCCUGUGAUUUACAAAUUCUUCAGCAGUCAAUACUGCAGGCAGGUUUAGGACAAGUAAAGGCAACUUUACAAGUACAGCGUGUUCAAAGUCCUCAACAAAUAGUACAUCCUUUCCUUCAAAUGGAUGGUCAUGUUAUUCAGAGCAAUGGGGAUCCUUCUCAGCAGCAAAUCCAUCCUCAAAAUUCUGAAAUUAUGAAAAUGGACCUCUCUGAGUCUACAAAACCAUUACAACAACAUCUGGCAACAAAGGGCCAUUUUAGUGAAACAAAUCAACAUGAUUCAAAGAAUCAUUUUGUGUCUCUUGGAUCAAUAUGUUUCCCAGAGGCAAUGCUUCUCAGUGAUGAAAGAAAUAUUUUAUCAAAUGUAGAUGAUAUCUUAGCAGCUACAGCAGCAGCUUGUGGAGUUACACCUUCUGAUUUUACCAAGUCAACUUCAAAUGAAACCAUUCCUGCUGUUGAAGAUGGUGAUUCUAAAUCUCAUUUUCAGCAGUCAUUAGAUGUUGGGCAUGUGACUUCAGAUUUUAACUCCAUAGCAGCUACAGUAGGAAAGCCACCGAAUAUAAAUGAUAUUUCCCUAAAUGGAAAUCAAGUUACUGUAAACCUUUCACCAGUACCUACUCUUCAGUCAAAAAUGACUCUUGAUCAACAGCACAUUGAAACACCUGGUCAAAGUAAACCUUCUAAACUAACUUCGCCAGUAAUUGGACCAGGUCAUGAAGCCCAGGAGCAAAGUUCUGGCCCUUUCAAGAAGCAGUCUGCUACCAGUCAUGAGUCUGAAGAAGACAGUGAAGUUCCUGUUGAUAGUACUUUAAAUAACAGAAAUCAAGAGUUUGUUUCUAGUAGUAGAAGUAUAAGUGGAGAGAGUGCUACUUCAGAGAGUGAAUUUACUUUAGGGGGUGAAGACAGUGGUGUGUCAGUGACCCCAACUAGGAGUACACUUGCACUGUUGGCCAUGGCCCAACCUGGGGAGCCAGUCAGUGUCAAGGUUGAAGAGGAAAACCAAGACUUAAUACAUUUUAACCUUCAGAGGAAAAAAACUAAAGGAAAAGGGCAAGCUAAAGAGGAAGACAACAGCAAUCAGAAACCACUGAAAAGACCUGCCCAAGGCAAACGCCAGAAUCCAAGGGGAACAGAUACAUAUUUGCCGUAUACUCCCCCUUCCUCGGAAAGCUGCCAUGAUGGUUAUCAGCAUCAAGAAAAAAUGAGACAGAAGAUCAAAGAAGUAGAGGAAAAGCAGCCAGAAGUCAAAACCGGAUUUAUUGCCUCUUUCUUAGAUUUUCUGAAAUCUGGGCCCAAGCAGCAAUUUUCCACUCUUGCUGUACGAAUGCCUAACAGGACUAGACGACCAGGAACCCAGAUUGUUCGUACGUUUUGUCCCCCACCACUUCCAAAGACUGCAUCUGCAACACCCGCACCUUUAGUAUCUGAAACCGGGGGUCACAGUCCAUCAGAAAAAGUUGAUAAUGAACUUAAAAACCCAGAACAUUUAUCUUCACUUUCUUCUGAUGAAGAGGAUCCUGGAGUAUGCAGUCAAGAUGUUUAUAAAAGCGCCUCUACUACCUUAACUACUUUGGGUGCUACUUCUGAUAGAAAGAAGAAAGCAGUUUCAGAAGCCCUGCAGGUGGCAACUACUAGCCCAGCUGCCAACACUACCGGUACUGCUACUACUUCCUCCACCACUGUGGGUGCAGUUAAGCAAGAAUCUCUCUACUCUACUUCAUCUACAGUAAAUAGCCUGGAAAAUAUAAACUCUGCAGAACCCCCAAAUCCCAUCGAACUUGAUGGUCUUCCUUCAGACCAGUAUGCAAAAGGACAAGACACUGUAGCCAUAGAAGGUUUUACAGAUGAAGAGAAUACAGAAAGUGGAGGAGAAGGCCAAUACAGAGAGCGCGAUGAAUUUGUGGUAAAGAUAGAAGACAUAGAGACUUUUAAGGAAGCUUUGAAAACAGGAAAAGAACCCCCAGCUAUUUGGAAAGUACAAAAAGCUUUAUUACAGAAGUUUGUUCCUGAAAUUCGAGAUGGGCAAAGAGAAUUUGCUGCUACCAACAGUUACCUUGGAUAUUUUGGAGAUGCAAAGAAUAAAUAUAAAAGGAUAUACGUGAAGUUCAUUGAAAACACAAACAAAAAAGAGUAUGUCAGAGUGUGUUCCAAAAAACCAAGAAAUAAGCCUUCACAAACUCUCAGAACUGUUCAGACAAAGCCAAGUAGUAGCAGUAAAACUUCUGAUCCUCCAACACCAAAAACUACGACGACAAAAGCCCCUUCCAUAAAACCCAAAGUUAAGCAGCUAAAAGUAAAGGCUGAGCCACCACCAAAGAAAAGGAAGAAAUGGAAAGAAGAAUUUUCAUCAUCCCAAUCUGACUCAUCUCCUGAGAUCCACUCUAGUAGUAGUGAUGAUGAGGAAUUUAAUCCUCCAGCUCCCUUUGUCACUCGUUUUUUGAACACAAGAGCCAUGAAGGAAACCUUUAAGAGUUACAUGGAAUUGCUUGUUAGCAUUGCUUUGGAUCCUGACACAAUGCAAGCCUUAGAGAAGAGCAAUGAUGAGCUACUUUUGCCUCAUAUGAAAAAAAUAGAUAGCAUGCUGAAUGAUAACCGAAAGAGACUUCUUUUGAAUCUUCAUUUGGAUCAGUCAUUCAAGAAUGCUUUGGAAAGUUUUCCUGAACUAACAAUAAUAACUCGAGAUUCUAAAGCAAAAAGUGGAGGAUCUGCUAUUUCUAAAAUCAAAAUGAAUGGCAAAACUUAUAAUAAAAAAACUCUAAGGACUUCUAAAACAAGCACUAAAUCUGCACAAGAGUUUGCUGUUGAUCCAGAGAAAAUACAGUUAUAUUCUUUGUAUCAUUCACUCCAUCAUUAUAAAUACCAUGUUUAUCUGAUAUGUAAAGAUGAGAUUUCUUCUGUGCAGAAAAAAAACGAAGAUUUAGGACAGGAAGAAAUUGUUCAACUUUGUAUGAAAAAUGUAAAAUGGGUGGAAGACCUAUUUGAAAAAUUUGGAGAACUUCUAAAUCAUGUUCAGCAGAAAUGUUCCUAACAUUUCCACAAAAAUUCCAUUCUCUUUUCUAGCACUAAUGAAAUGGCAGAGGCAGGUGGUCAGAUGGUGUCUAGGGCCUCAGAUAAUCGAAUGUCAAGCAGUGGUCUCACGUAGGCACGCCUGCUUUGAUCAUGAACUUGCAUCACGGCCUCUCGCUAAAGGACAGUGGUGCUGCCAAGGAAGUCAGUCCUUUGGAAAUGGACCUAAAUCCUACCCCAUUUGUAUCCUAAUGAAUGAUUUUUCUAUUUUGUAAACCAUUGGGUAACUGAAUUUUAUUUUCAGAGAUGUUUUUUGACAAAUGACGAAGCAUGCACUAAAUAUAAUUUUUCUUUAUUGCUAGAGAGAUAACACUUAAGUAACUUGAUUAUUUUUUCCUGCCUCUGACUAAACACCAGAAUGAAAGAGAAGUGGCAGAAAGCAUAUGUUAAUAUUGAUGUCUGGCCACAAAAUGGGAAGUAUUGUACAUUAUGUAAACAGAUCUGGUGUGAUGUGACAUUCUGUAGGAGAAUAUCAUCAGUUUAAAAUGUAAAAUUCAGAAACUGCAUUCUGCUUUAUGAACUCCUUUUACUCUUAACAUGUUCAGGAAACUGGAUGUGGAAUUGGUGCAAUUCUAUGACUCCUUUUUGUGUCAAAUUAUAUGGUGAUGAAAAAACAGUGACAUACUAUUUUCCCUAUCUCAAAGAAAAGUAUUUUCCUUUAUACUGUUUUCCCUUUGGAAAAUUCUUCAACUGUACAUUUUAUUUCACUAAUAGUUGUAUUUUUCACAAGGAAAAUGUUGUGAUUAUAACUAUGUUUGAUGUAUCUGUAGUACACUUUUCGUUGUUUUCAGUAAAUCCUAUUUAGUUACA